AUGGCCGAGUCGAGUACAGCGUCAAGCUCUUCGGUUCCCAGGAAGUCAAGGAGCCCAAAGGUGCAAACGUUUUCAAUAGCAACACAAGCCGCAAAACUACAAAAAGUCGACAUUCAAAUCAAUGUGGAAGGGGUCACGAUAGUUGACACUAAAACGAAAGCAAUCCUGCAUCGUUAUCCUCUCCAGAAGAUAUCCUUUUGUGCUGAUGACAAGCAGGACAAACGUAUUUUCUCAUUCAUCGCGAAAUCUCAAUCUGAUCCCGAAAAGCAUGAGUGCUAUGUGUUUCUUAGUGAUAAGAUGGCCGAACAAAUCACACUGACUGUUGGAGAAGCGUUCGAUUUGGCAUAUAAGGUUAGUGAACUUCAUUUGACCUCCUUAUUUUUUGCGUUAUUCUGGAUUCCUUUUCUCUUUUGCGGAGUAUCAUGA